AUGGCAUCCUCUUUCACCUAUUCCUUCUUUCUCUUCUCCAUCCUCUUUCUUCUCACUAUCUCUAAUCUGCAUUUGGCUGAGGGUGCUUUAAACUUACGCCCUUCAGAUUGCAAGCCGAAAUGCAGUUAUCGAUGCUCGGCGACAACGCACAGGAAGCCAUGCAUGUUCUUCUGCCAAAAAUGUUGUGCAAAAUGUCUGUGUGUGCCUUCAGGGACAUAUGGAAACAAGCAAGAAUGUCCAUGCUACAAUAACUGGAAAACUCAGCAAGGAGGUCCCAAAUGCCCUUAGAGCCCAAAAAAUAUUACACCUUUUCUUUUCUCUACCAUGAUUUUAGCUUCAUUUUUUUCUUUCUUUGUGGAUUUUAUUUUCAUCCUUUGUCAUAGUCGGAGAUCAGAGAAAAAAAGAAAAAGGAAAAACUGAUCAAAUAAAUUUGACCGUUAUAUAUU